AUGGCCAUUCAGUCUCUUCUUUUGUUUGCUUUCAGCUCUGUUGUGCUGGGCUCGGUUUCCAUCGUUGAUCCUAGCGACUACGCCUAUCUGCCCGGAGAUGUCAAAGACAAUGCUAUCAUGGCCGACUACACCACUGAUAACGGAGGCCCCAUGACUUUGAGCUAUAACAUCACCGGUCCUUACUACUAUGCUGACAAGGAUGUGGAACUGGACCACAAGACCUUGACAGUUAAUGCUAAUGAUACGAGUGUGCUUGUUGCCACGAAUGGUGCUCAUGUUAAUCUGUCUCAUGUGGAGGUUAUCAAGGAGGGAUACUGCACCUGGCUCAACCAGGCGAGUUUCUUUGGCGUCAACGCGGCCAUCAACAUUGCAAAUUCAUCCACUGCAUACAUCGAGAACAGCAACAUUACCGUGCACAAUGGUGCGGCCAAUGUUUAUGCCUACGGCACGGGGACAACCGUACAUGUGAGCAACACGGAUCUCUACAGCUCUGGGCCUGUCUCUCACGGUCUCUACGCGGCCGGAAAUGGCACCAUCUACGCGUCGAACGUGCGCCACUACUCUGGCGGCAAUCGCUGCUCCUCCUUUUCUGGCGACACGCCAGCCGGCUACAUCUAUGUCAGCGACUCGGUUGCUCACACGGCGGGUAUUGGCAGUGCCAUCUUCUACGCCCUCGGUGAGAUCCACGCUACCGACGUCGUUGGCCGGGCUGAGCAGGCACCUACGCUCUUCAGCGACGGAGGGCAGAAGGCGGUCUUGAAAAACGUCGACCUGACUGCUGGCUUAUUGGCAGGAACCGUCAUGUUUUCAUCAAUGCAGAGGCUCAGCGGGGCCUCGAUCUCUUUUGAAAAUUCUCGGCUCACAACUCUGAAGAAGGACAUGGCUGCCCUGUGGUUUGGCAACGUCAUUGCCACAGCCACUCUCGUAGCCACGGAGCUGAACCCAGCCUCAGGUAUCCUCGUCAUCGCCAAUUCCUCCCAGGUGACUCAGGCAUUCCGGUACUUUGCCGGCUCGGAGGAGAACUCCUCCAUUCAGCCUGCUGAGGUUACUGUCUCUGUGGCAGAGUCCGCCCUAGAGGGUGACAUCGUCGCAUAUAAUGGCAGCUCAAUCUCUUGGAGCCUCACGGACCACUCCAGUUGGACCGGUUCUGCCUACACUGCGGGUAAAGGAACCGCCACUUUUGCCGUGUCGCUUGAUGAGACCUCCACCUGGACUCUGACUCGGGAUGUCACUGUGCAGAACUUUACUAAUGCCGAUGCAAACAACAAGAACAUCCGUUCCAAGGGCUACAACAUCUACUACAAUGCGUCCGCCACUUCCAACGCGUGGCUCAAGUCCAAGACCGUCAGCCUGCCUGGAGGUGGACAUCUCAAGCCUCGCUCUGACUAG